AUGACGGACGCUCCGUCUUCACAAGUGGCCAUGUUGAGUAUCCUUCCAUGGGUUGAGGUGUUUAAAUUUCUGAGUCUGAAAGAUGUGACGCGAUGCUUCAUGGUAAGCAAGGACAACAAUCCAUGGAAGACCAUCAAUCCCGGUGACACUGCCACCACCGGGCCCACCCAGGCAAACGUCUUUCCAGCCAUCAUGGAACUCUUGGGGCGUACAGUGCCAGGUCGAGCUAUUUUGCAUUGUCUUCAGAAGUCACACGAGAUCUUAGUACCAAAACACCUGCACUUGGUGAAUCUAAUUCGAUGUGAUGGGAUUUACAAUGUGAACAAAGUAAUGUACUAUAGGUUCUUUCCAGAUGGCAGAGUGUUCGAAACUCUGAUGUCGUCACCACGUUCGGAAGAAUCUGUGAAAUCUCUGUUUCGGACAGAGGACUAUCUAAACUUGGGAGGAUUUCAACGAAUGGGCACCUAUCAGUGCGAGUUGGUGGCAAGCAGCGACUGGAUGAUGAAGGUGUGUCUGAGUCUUCCCAUUCUCUGGCCAAGAGAACGGCAAGGGAAAACUCGCGAAUUUAAAGGUUGGCUGGGUCGGGAUGGAUGCUUUCGUAUCCGGUUCACUGAUCGCAUGGAUUACCACGAGUGCAUGUUUCUGCAGCUGUAA